UAAUUUAGUGCGCCGGAAUCUAGCCGUCUCGACUCAGUUAUUGACGGAACCGUCCAAAAUUUUCGCGUGUAAUGGAAUCUAACGAUAAUUCCGAAACAAAAAUUGCAAAUAAACGCAUCACUGGCGAGGUCGUAACGCAGUCUAUUUUGGCGAUGCUGCAGGACAAAAACAAGUUCAUAUCCAUGCUCAAAGAACAGAUCCAAAACCAAAAGUCGCAGCUGCAAUUCUACCUGCACAGAGGACUAUCGAGUCCGCAAAUCAUGAGUUUCGCCGGUAACUGCAUUCCGGUCAUGGCCGAAGAAAAUCUCCACCUCAAUUUGGCUCUAAAUCAGUUUUGCAGGAAGAACGGGGUGAAGAGCAAAAUCAUGAGUCUGCACGAGCGCAUGACGAGCGUCGAAAGGCGCAUAGUAAGGGUUGCGAACAGUCAGGAAGAAAUGGUAGAGACCCUUCGCAAAUUUCCGAGGGAAACGGAAUGGUUGCCCAAAAUCUUGGAGUCGAACGACGUUCUACGCACCGAGUUGGAAGCCUUCCGCACCUGCUGUAAUCGAUUGAUCUUGAUCGAAGACGAACGCAACUGCUUAGGUUUGUUCUCCUUUGCUCGUCCACGGCUACUGGAACAGGUCUACUCCGUACCUGCGCCGCAACGCAUCAACUACAACACGCUCCUGGUGGCGCUCAACGAAAAGACAAGCCUCGAGAAGGAGCUCGCCGAGAUCAAAAAGGAACAGAGGGGUCUAAUCCUGCGGCUGAAUACGAUUAAGUCACCCGACCAAUCAGUACUAGGAGAUUCUUCGAAUUACUUUCCGAAGCUGGCCCGUUUGAAGGAGGUGAACGGCUUGCUCGCGGCGAAAGUAAGCGAGUUGGAGCAGGACGCCCGAUGCAAGCAGAUGCUGGAGAACAAAAUGGAGACGCUAAUUUGCGACUACCAGACAUAUAGAGAUAAGACCUCCAAGCAGCUGAGCGAGCUGAACACUAAGCUGGGUUUCACGCUCACUGAAAACGAGCGCUUAACUCAAACGCUCAAGAAGUACCAAACGUACCACGCGGAGAUCAACUCGCUACGCGCUUCAAUCGCCAAGAUGGAGGUGAUACGUAACGAGAGGGAUUACUUCAAAUCCAAAGUGGAGGACCUGAAGUCGAUACGCGAUACCUACACGCAGCUUAUCGAGCAACCUUUCGCCGCUCUGCGCGAUCAGGAAAUGGUAGUCAAGGACCAAGAGCGGCACAUUGCGGCGUUGGAGAAGGAGAGGGCCGUGUAUAGGGUUGAGAUCGCGAAUUUGAAGAUGUUGUUGGAAGAGAGCGAUGCCCAGAUUAGGAAAAUGAUGGACGUGAUAAAGUUACCCGGACAGAACCAGGAGACCUGCACGGAGUUCUCCGCCAAAAGCUAUCGAGAUUUCGGCUGCAAUUCGGAGGCGGACUAUCCUGAGGCGCUCAAUCCGGCGAAACGACCUCCAAAUCCAGACGAGGAUAACGGCCCGUCCAACGUACAGAAGGCGGCGAUCCCGGUGACGUCGUUGAACGUCCAAACUCUGAAUAGUCAGGGCAUCGUGGAAACGCUAAAGGCGAUCGUCGAGAGUACGUCGCCCGUCGACGGCGUCAUCCAGUUGAGUAAUUCGUCCGCCUUCACCGUGCGCUUAACUUGCGGUUCGCAAAACGCCCCCGCCGCCGUUGCGGGCAAUCAAGAAAUCGUCCGACAAUCGAAUAAUAGGAUCAAGUGCUCGACAAUUGUCAUGGACGAAUUCGAAUUGAUGAAGGACUCGUCUAAUGAAGCCCUUGUCGGCCGACUGCCUUCGAUUCACAAUCGCGACGUUGAGGAGCAGACGUCGGAGGUGGAGGAGAAGCCUCCCUCGAAUCGGUCGUUUGGAUGCAUGUUUCGGGAACGGGGAGUUCGGGAUGAGACCUGUAAUACGAUCAGCAGCGUGGACGAAUUAGAUUUUGACGAUCUUUCCGAUGAGUGCAACUUGAGGGAGCGCUUCAAGCACUUGGUGGGAAAUAAUAUCGCCGUGCAGAUGUUUGAUCUCUUUACUGAUCCUUGUGAAAGAUAUGCUUUAGAAUAAAUAUUUGCUACUUGUUUUUAA